AUGAUGAUGCGAAGACGGCCACUAACAUCCAGAGCCACAGUCAGUACCAUGUCUGCCUCUUGUGCGCCACUAUCGAUAUGGAUCUUUCUGUUAUCUCUUCCAUUGCUCAAUAUACCCCUAUUGGUCUUGAGUUCUACGACGAGAAGCGGCAAAAACCGAAGGAAUCAUAGUAGCCACAAUACUAUUACCAGUAGUGGCACUCAUCACCGAGGAUCGCUGGAUGUGGAUGAUGUCCCUGCGAGAACAGAUACUGUCAGUCAAAGCAAUAGUGGUAGUGGGUCAGCCACAACCACUCUCAUUCCGGGCGUGGCUCCUAUUGCCCAUACCGAAGCAUUGAACAACAGAAACAUUUCCAGCAAGGUCAAGACGACUGUCUACGACGGCCCUUCUCUCUAUACGGACACACAAUGCGCUCCUAACAAACGCAUCACACACAAUCACUACCUCACCAUGCACUACAAUACCACCAUUGAUGCAUCGUCCCGCACGGGCAGUCGAGGCAAACUCGUCGAUUCCACACAUUCCAAACACACGGCGUAUCCCGAACCCAUCAUGGUACACAUGGCCGAUCAGGAUUCCCUGUUGCAAUGGACGCAGGCACUGUUGGGACUCUGCAGUGGCGAUUGGGUCACUCUGGUGAUUCCACCCGAACUCGCAUAUGGCGACCAAGGAGAUGGACGCAGCAUUCCCGGUGGUGCCACACUCUCCAUGGAUAUCGAAAUUGUCGCCGCACACGACAAUCCCGAACAACAUUACAAGGUCACGCGCGAUGCGACCAAAAUGUUUCAAGAAAUGGACGCCAAUGGAGAUGGAAAGGUCACCAUUGAUGAAAUGGAAAUCUUUCUGGAUGUACCGCCGGACUAUCCCAACCGAGACAAGUUUGUGCUACAGCACUUUCAGCUGUCGGACUAUAACAAAGAUGGAACCGUUAGUCUGGAAGAAUUCCAAGCUAUUCUGGCCAAUUGGCAAGGUAUUGAUGAACUCUAG